CAAGCUUGUAGUUAAGCUGUUACUUCACAAAUAUAAUGGUGCUACUUACUUACAUUUUCUUUAUUUUACUUUUUACCUAUUGUAAAGGUUACCAUGAAUGUAACCAAAAGAAAACCGAUUACGGUUACGUUUGUGUUUGCGACUCCAGUAAAUGUGACACAGUUCCUGAAAUAGAUGUUUCUACAGGAAAAUUUCAAAUGUUUAGUACUAGCUCUAAUAAAAUGGGGUUUACGGCCAGUUCUGGAACAUUAAAGCCAUCAAGUAACACAAAUUUCGGAUACAAAAUAGAUUUGCAAAAUUCUUCUGUCAAACAAAAAGUUAUUGGUUUCGGGGGCGCUUUUACUGAUUCCUCAGGAAUAAACAUUAAGAGUUUACCAGAAGGAGCACAAAAAAACUUGUUAAACAGUUACUUUGGAAGCAGUGGUGUACAAUACAGCUUGGGUAGAGUUCCAAUGGGUGGUACAGAUUUUUCCAUAAGACAGUAUACGUACGACGAUCACGAUGGCGACCUCGAAUUAAAAUAUUUUUCACUGCAAAAUGAAGACCAUGUUUACAAGAUUCCUUUAAUUAAGAAAGCUUAUAAAUUAAGCAAUAACUCUUUAAAUUUGUUCGCUUCAUCAUGGACAGCUCCGCCCUGGAUGAAGAACACCGACAUGUACGCUAGCGGCAUUUUAAAAGACGAAUACUACCAAACCUGGGCUGAUUAUUACAUUAAAUUUUUUCAAGAGUACAAAAAAAGCGGCGUCAAUUUUUGGGGACUGACCACGCAAAACGAACCGGUUGAUGGUUUCGUACCAAGUUUAGUUUUUCCGCUUAAUUCACUGGGAUUCACAACCGCUCAAAUGAAAAAAUGGGUUUCAGAAAACUUGGGACCGACGAUAAGAAAGUCUGAGUUUAAGGAUUUAAAAAUUAUAGCGCAUGAUGAUCAAAGAACAUUCCUUCAAAUUUUUUCAUCAGUAUGGGAGGAUGAUGAUAGCGGUAAAUACAUUGAUGGUGUAGGUGUUCAUUGGUAUUGGGAUGCUUUUGCGCCAAAUUCAGUGCUUGAACUCGCCAAAUCUAGUAAAAAGGAUUUGUUUUUAUUGGGAACUGAAGCUUGCAAUGGAGCACCAGUAAAAUUGGGUAGCUGGGAAAGAGGACAGAGUUAUAUUAAAAGUAUAAUAUCUGACUUUGAAUAUGGAGCAGGCGGAUGGAUGGACUUUAAUUUGGUUUUGAAUCAAGAAGGUGGUCCACAUGUGAUACUUAAUCCUCUCGACUCCCCCAUAAUAGUAAACAAUUCGACUGGAGAAUUUUACAAACAACCCAUGUAUUAUGCCAUGGGUCAUUUUUCAAAAUUCCUUAGGCCCGAUUCCGUUGUAUUAGAAGUUCAAAACAAUUUGACGGCUAAUUUAAAAAGCGUGGCGGCACUAAGACCUGACGGGUUGACUGCUGUUAUAGUUUAUAAUGAGGGUUCGGAGUCUGCUAAAGUGGAAGUAAUUUCUAAGGGGGGCAGUGUUUUACAAACUUCAGUACCAGCUAAAUCAAUUAAUACUAUUUUGUUUUGAAUUGUAAAAUAAUAUGUUUAAUAAAAUCUUAAAUAAAAAAAUUAAUACUAGACACUCUAAAUUAAAAAUUAUUGCAUAAAGGUCAACAAAGUUAUCUUAGAUAACAGCAAGAAUGCGUGAAGGACCGCGCCUUCCUUUUUCCGAUACUAGUAUACCUACUGUGAUACAGACGCAUGUUUAUAAACAUUUAAAUAAAAACAAUAAUACAAAAAUGUUUAACUUAAAAUGUAAAUAGGACUGAUAACAAAAAGAAAAAAACAUACCUAUACAAAAGGCAUGUAUACAAAAACGUUAUUAAUUAUUAUUAUUGUUGCACAUAAAAACGGUUUAAAAUUUCUCCUAUUUUUAGAUUGCUUUUGUUAUGUCUUACCAAUGGAUUUAUUGACAUAAUUAUCAGUAACCCAGA